AAUGCUCGGCUGCCAUCAAGGGUCGGGGAUGCCGCCUCAGAGAUUAACGGUAUGAGCAUUUUUUGGAUCAUAGUGCCAUUGUUCUUGGCAUGCAUGAUCCAUCCGAUCGGCUCUGCCUGUGGCUUCCGCCCAGCCUAUCGUCAUCAAGUUCGGAUUGGGCCACUCAUGUCCCUGUUCGACAUCUCACAACUACUAUACGAGAUACACAGCUACUACGGAAGUGCCCCGGGUGGUGAUAGCAUAAUUCGCCGAAUUCGCCGUACUAUACGCGAGGUAGUAGUGGUAAGACUGUACCGACAUCUAAGGAGCGAACAGGAUGACCACAGCAACCUAGAAGGUGCUUCGCUGACUGCAGCCCUACUCUGUCGCUUCGAGAAAGCUGUCUAUAGUGCCUGGAUCAGAGACAUAUUCUCCAUCAUGUUGAUAUUGCAAUAUGUGGGGCGUUGUGGCUUCUAUGGCAUUCCUGUAUCAUUUUCUCUGGUGACCGUAUAUUUUAUUUCAUGGAUCAUUAUGGAAAUGAUACUGCUAGUUGGUAAGGGCUGUGCCGCAGUGGAUCCUAGAGGGGUGGAUCCCCCAACGGCACAUUCGAGUUCGCCGAUUAUUUCAAAAUUUGCCGGGAUUGUGUUCAAGUUGUUCUUACUCCAGGUCAUCACGUUCUACACCGGGACAAUGAUAUUUCUCUGGAGAGAAAUCUUUCGUGGAACCAUGUUCGGACACUCAGGGGGGUUAUCAUUUCCCUCCAUUCGCUGUGCCGCGCAUCUGAGUGGUUUGUUUUUACCUCAACAUUGGAUAGGGCAUAUGUUUGCCUUUUACUUCGUCAUCCAUGGGACUGUGGAGCGAGUUGUAUGGUACUGCAUUUGAGGCGUAAUCUCCGGUCUCUGUUGGAUGUCUGUGCUCGCUUUCUGCCUUCCUUUUGCCCCCAGGAUGAUGUCUUGGGUUCUGGGACUUAGUGCUUCAAAUGCUAAUUAUUUGAUGUUUUUCUAUGCUUCCCGUUUACCUUGGCCUGGGGGAACAGGAGAGGAGGGGCUGCGCUGGGAGGAGGGGCCGCCCAGGCAGGGGUUCGUUUUCCACAGUUCGGCUUUCAUCUACGCUGGAGAAUUGGUCUUAUGUUAUAUUUUUCUUUUCGACCGAGAGGGUACAAGGAAGGCC